AUGUCGUUCGACCAGCCUCUGACAAGAGAGAAAUCGUGGCUCUCCUAUACAUACGAGGACCGCGAAGGAUGGAAAUCAAUCCGUGCUCUCUGUCUCUUUCGGGGCAUGUAUCACGACGUCCGUCGUCGACUGCCCUACUACUGGAGUGAUAUUCGAGAUGCCUGGACAUAUCGCGUCGUCUCAAGUACUAUCCGGAUGUACUUUGUCAACAUGCUUCCUGCCGUUGCAUACACACUGGACAUGUACCGACGCACUGGCGAAUUCUACGGCAUCAACGAGGCCCUCUUCUCAUCUGCUAUGGCGGCAAUGAUCUUCAGUGUCUUGGGAGCACAGCCUCUGACCAUCGUCGGUAUUACUGGUUUGAUCUCGCUGUUCAACUACACCAUCUACGAUAUCGUGACCAUCUACGAACCGGCCAUCUACCCGAAUUUCAUGUGCUGGACCGCCAUCUGGGCCGCUAUCUUCCACUGGCUUGUGGCUGUCUGCAACCUGUGUGACUACAUGCGCUAUGUGACGGACUUUUCGUCCGAGUCGUUUGGCGCCUAUGUCGGCAUUAUCUACUGCAUCAAGGGCGUCGAGGAACUAGUGAACGAGUUUACGACGCAGGGCAACACGGCUGGGUUCAUGAGCACUAUGAUUGCCAUCCUAUACUUUCUCACCAUCUACGGUCUGGAACGGCUUGGGUCCAGUACCGUCUGGAAACCGUGGUUCAGGGGUCUACUGGCUGACUACGCAUAUGUGAUUGGGACCAUCUUCUGGGUAGGAUUCUCGCACAUACCCGGUAAUCUCAAAGCCACCAACAUCUCCUUCGUCCCCAUCACGCGGGCCUUCUACCCUACACAGCCGCGCGGCUGGCUCAUCCAUUUCUGGGAACUCGAUGCCAAAUGGGUAUUCGCGGCACUACCCUUCGGGUUCCUGGUGAUGCUCCUCUUCUACUAUGACCACGUACGACCUCUCCACCCCCCUUCAACAGAUACAGCACUAACCCAAGAAAAGAACGUAAGCAGCCUAACCGCCCAGGCCAGACAGUUCCCCCUCAAGAAACCCGCCGGUUUCCACUGGGACUUCUUCCUCCUGGGCUGCACCACCUUCCUCGCAGGUAUCACAGGCAUCCCCAUGCCAAACGGCCUAGUGCCCCAGGCCCCCGUCCACACCGACUCCCUAACCAUCUACGAAACCUCCCUCCGCACCAUCUCGACCGCCGAAGGCGAGGGCGCCGAGAUCCGCCGCCCCAUCGUAACCGCCACCGCCGUCGUCGAGCAACGCCUCUCCCAUUUCCUCAUGGGCCUGCUCAUCGUCGGCACGAUGACGGGCCCGCUGCUGAUCGUCCUGCACACGAUGCCCGCCGCCGUCUUCGCGGGCGUCUUCUUCACCGUCGGCUGGGGAUCCAUCGAGUCGAACGGCAUCCUCCAGAAAAUGGUCUUCCUCGCGCGCGAGAACAGAUUCAUCCAGCGCGGUGAGCCGCUGCUGACCGUGCGCAGGCGCAAGAUCGCGCUGUAUAUCGUCUGCCAGGCGGUGGGUGUCGCGGCGACGGUGGCGAUCUCGCAGACCAUUGCGGCGAUUGGGUUCCCGAUUCUGAUUAUUGCGUUGAUUCCGUUUCGGGUGUGGGUUAUGCCGAGGUGGUUCAGCGUGGAGGAGCUGGACGUCAUGGAUGAUUUGACGGCGGAUAAUAGUGCCGUGUUGGCGAGUCUGGGGGGUCCGCCGCGGUUUCCGGGACAGCCUGAUAACGAGAGGUUUGGGCUGGAGCGUCGCUAUUCGGAGCAGAGGUUUGGGUCGACGAGGCAGAGGGCGGGAAGUAUCCAUCGUUAG